GAUCGAGUUGGUGCUGGGUUACCCACAACAAUGGCAGUGGGUAACAUCAUUUGUGUUGGCACUAGUCAUGGCCUUAUUCUUGUCUUUGAACCAACACAAGCACUUAAAUUUUGCUUAGGAUCCACACAGUUAGGUGAGCAGUAUGGCUCUGUAUCAGCUUUGGCUCUAAAUCAGGAUUGUACACGUCUUCUGGCCGGGUUUGCCAAAGGUCAGAUCUGCCUCUUCGACCUAACAUCUAGCAAGCUUCUCCAGACUAUAUCUGAUGCACAUACUCCAUUUACUGCUGUCCUCCAUUUAAAGUGGACAGACUAUCCAGGUAUGGCAGUAAUUAGUGACAGUGGAGGAUCUGUCUUUGAACUGUCCAUUAAGCGAACCAUGGGACUUAACUCUAAUGAAUCGCGCUGCAUUUUUUCUGGAAGUCGUGGAGAAGUGUGUACUGUAGAGCCUCUACUGAUGUCACAGUUUCAUGCUACUCCGCUUGUAGAAACUGUCAUCUUGGCAAUGGCUACCAUAUCUAAGGUCAGUUUUUAUAUUGUAUUUUAGUAUAGUAAGGCUGCCCUAUUUGUUUUUAAAUUUAAUCAUAUCUCCAGUCAUUAUUUCAUCAUUACUUUUUGAAGC